AUGCGCUACCCCGAACCACGAUCCUUCGCGCUUGAAGACGUCAGCGACGGCGAAGACCAGUACAUGCAGAAACAGAGCCCCGCUGAGACUCCGUCCAGAGACAGCUCCCCUAUGUCGCACUGGAAAGCGCCCGGCUCCGCCAUGCAGAGCUCGUCGGCCGGCACCCAGGACAACGCCGGCAGCCCUGUCCGCGCCCGCUCGGCAGGCCGCCUUGGCAUACACACGGCACCGCUGCAACCGCCGCCCCCGACGGGCUUCCCGGACCUCGCGCGGGGCCUCGCGCACGUCAGCGGGGGGUCCCCGGGCAACACGCUGCCCGCGGGCCGCGCGCGGCCGCUCCCGCGCGGGUUCCCGACCGACGUCAAGGGCCUGACUCAGUGGCAGGCAGGGAUCGAGGGGAGUCUCAAGAAGGUAGAAGACGACCACGUCGAGAUGUCCGAGCACCUCCAGCAGUACCGGUCCGUGAUGCCGCGGCUCACGCAGAUCGCGCUCGCGGAGUGGCACCAGCACGCGGAGGCGGCGGCGGAGGAGCUGCGCGUGGCGUGCCGCUCCGUGACGGAGAUUGCCCGGCACCACCACCGCCGCCUGGUCGAGCAGGCGACGCACUGGCAGGAGUGGCAGUCGCAGGUGACUGCGUCGUCGUCCGCGGUGGCCUCGCUCGCGGCGGAGGCGGCCGCGGCGGAGAUCGCGUACUCCGCCGCGCACAUCGGGGCGCGGUACGCGCAGCGCGCGAAGACGGAGGCGGUGCGCGCCCUGCGCGCGGAGCACUCGAACACGGCGCUGCAGCUGCAGCAGGCCAAGGCGACGCUCGCGGCCGCGCAGGCGGAGUACGACAAGUGUUUAACCAUCGCGUCGCACCAGCGGCAGAAGGUCAAGGAGACGGACCAGGCGGUGCAGCGCGCGCAGGCGCGCGAGCGCGAGCUCACGCGGUUCCGCGACACGCUGUACGAGCUCUCGGAGGCCUACACGGCGUGGGGGCGGAUGCGCGAGCCGCUGACGAUGUCGACGCUCCGGCUGGCCGCGGUCGACAAGUCCGUGAAGGAGCUGAUCGACCCCGAGAGCGGGGUCGAGAGCGGGAGCGAGAGCGCGCGCGGGAAGGCGUCGGCGCGGAGCGCCAAGGCCGCACAGCAGGUGGCGACGGACCGGCAGGCUCUGGAAGCGCAGCUCGCGUCGCUGCAGAGCGAGGUCGAGAAGAUCGCGACGACGCUGCAGGAGCUCGUGCAGCGCCUGGAGGAGCAGGUCGGGUCCAUGCAGGCCGCGGGGAUCUCCCGGGCGCAGGAGUGGCUGGACGCGCUCCCGCUGCCGGAGAUGCUGUCAGAGGUGCAGGCCGGGGCGGACGCGGCCUCGAAGGCCGAGGACGCGUCGGAGCGCGAGUCCGCGACGGGGCGGUCCGGGCGCAACCAGGACCCGGCGGGCGUGCGCGGGAGCUGCGACUCUCUGGCGUCGCACGUCAACUCGCGGCUGCGCAAGGUCCGGCUGGAGAUCUCGAGCCUCGAGAUCGACGUCGUGCGCGCGACGGCGAUGACGGGGACCGCGGAGGCGGUGAGCGCGGCGAUCGAGCGGCGGCGGAAGGCGGCGGAGGCGCAGGUGUCGCUGCUGCAGGCGUCGCUCGAGACGGACGGGGAGCGGGAGAACGACAUUCUCGAGGUUGACCGCGCGGCGCUGGAGGUGGAGGCGCAGGCGCGGCAGCAGGCGGACGAGGCGAGCGAGGCGUGGGAGGAGUUGCGUCAGGAGGUGCUCGACAGGUACAAGGCGGCGCGAGAGGACAUCGCCGGGUCCGUCGUGGGCGUGGCGUACCUGCGGGAGCUGCUGGACACGCGCUGGCGGCAGCUGAAGGAGGCGUCGGCGCAGUACCAGGGCAUCCGGGACGCGUUCUGGGCGCGCAUGCGCGAGGUGGUGGAGGAGGCGGGGGGGGGCGUUGGGUCGCGGCGGGGGGGGACUGUGGGGUCGAGCAGCACGCUGGCGAAGGUCGGGAGCGUGGACUCGCAUUCGUCGAAGUCGCCGUCGACGCGGGCGGCCGCGCACAGCCGCAAGGGGAGCGGCGUGGGGUCGUCGCCGGGGCGCGGAACGUCGCCGGUGCCGGGGCCGCUCGGCGCGUCGAUGUUCAAGCAGCCCGACACGCUCGUCGACGGCGGCGAGCUCGAGGUGCGGCAGGCGGCCGUGCGCAUCCAGGCCGCGUUCCGCGGGCACCGCGCCCGCCGCGAGUACGCUGAGGCCAAGGCCGCCGCGCAGACCAUCCAGGGGCGCUGGCGCACGAAGCUCGCGACGCGCGAGCUCGAGCGGACGAAGUCCUCCGUCACGAAGAUCCAGGCGGCCUUCCGCGGAAACCAGGCGCGCAAAACGUACGCAGCAAUGAGGGCGGAGGCUGAGGCGGAGCGGCUGCGGGCCGAGGAGGAGGCCAGGAACGCCGCGGCGGCGGCCGCGGCGGCCGCGGCGGCGGAGGAGGCGGCGCGAGUGGCGAAGGAGGCCGCGGCGGCGGCGGAGGCCGCCGAGGCCGCUGCGAAGGCGGCGCCGCUCGGGGCGCCAAACCUGUCCGAGUCGAUGCGCGAGAAGCUGCGGAUCAACCUGAGCCCCGUGCUCGCGAAGCAGGAGGCCGCGGCGGCGCGCGCGAAGGCCGGAAAGGGCGCGGCGAAGCCCGCUCCUGCGAAGGUGCCGUCCACGAAGCUUCCUGCUCGCGUGCCGUCGUCCAAGGGGGGAGUCGGGAAGGCGCCGUCGCGCGGGCCGUCGUACGCGAAGAAGUUCGAGCAGGGCGGGGGCUCGGCGCGCAAUUCGAGCGCGGGGGGGUCGGAGCGGGGGGUGUUUGGGCCCCUGGCUGGCGCGGGGGACAGGCCCCUGGCAGAGGCCCCGGGGGGAGUCGAGGAGCCCGAGGAGUCCUCCGGGAGCGUCGCGUCCGGCGGCGCGGGCGCCGUGGCGGCCCAGGCGGACGAGAACGUCUCCGCGGUCGGGUCGUCGACCAAGGACGCGGCGAAGAGACCCCCGGGGGGAGUGCCGGCGUCGCCGCCCGCGGCGAAGCCCGAGGGCCGCCCGAAGGCGGGCGCCGCGGCCCGGACGACCCCGCCGAAGGCCGCGCCGGAGAAGCAGGACCUCGAGACGCUGAUGCGGGACCCGUACGGCGCGGGGUCGCGGCCGGCACGCGGCAUCGCAGGGAUGGUGAAAGCCAAGGCGCCGGCGGCGAAGCCGCAGGCGAAGCGGCCGACGAGCACGCCGGGCAAGGCCAAGCCGAGAGCGUCUGCCGCGGGCGCGCCCCCGGCCAAGUCCCCUCGCGGCAACAUCGUGCGCAUCCCCCAGCGCUCCGGCCCGGGCCUGGCCGUGCCGAACGACGACCUCGGCGCCGCGCAGGCCCUCCUCGAGGAGAUGCAGGCCGGCCGGCCGUGCCACCUGCGCGAGAUAAACGUAAACAUGAACGUCGCGCGGCGCGGGCCCGCGGGGAACGCGGGCGCCGCGCAGGCCGUGCACCUCUGCAUCAGCCGGGACUUCUCCCGCCUGGCGUACAAGGCCACGGGCGCGAAGGUGUCGUCGUUCAUCCGCGUCGUCGACGUGGCGGAGCUGGAGGAGCGGGCGCUGGCGAGGACGGGCGGCGCGAGCGGGCGCGACGGCGCGCUGACGCCGAACGCGGAGCGCCAGGUCGUGAUUCGGCUCAAGGGCAGCAAGGAGUUCCGCAUCACGAUGAACAACACAGAGGACAAGGAGCUGUUGGUGGACUGCAUGGUGAUCCUCAUGGCUAACAAGCAGUUCCUGGCGUCGCUGAAGGCCACGCUCGACGGACACGCCGCCGCGCAGGCCGGGAAGUAG